AUGAGCACUUCUCGUCAGCCGGCCCUGCCACUCUCCGCCCAUGCUUCAUCAGUAUCACCCGCGACGACAUCGUCUCCAGCCCAAAAUAAUGCGCGCUCCAAUUAUCCCGACAUGCUAGGCGCUCCGACCAUCCCCCCGAGGACCUCGUCGACUCAUCACAGCCAUCGCAGCCCGAACGGUACGUCGGCAGAAAAAAGCUCACGACACGGCAAGAGCAGAGCCGAUCGCAAGGAAAACCGCGACAGGACGCGCGACGAUCGCAAUGGUAAAAGCCGAUCUCGUCGCCAUGACCCUACGGAGGAGGCUGCGCGCGAGGCAGGAAAGUCAAGGACGGCGCCACCAGUGACCAAGUCACACCCAGAGCCCGGUAUGGAGAGCAUCCCCGGACAGGGAACUUUGGUCAAGGAGUCGAGUACCGUGAUCAAUUCAGUGCUGGUCAGUGAUCCUGUCGUGGACCGGGAGAGAGAGCAAGUACGACAAGUGGGUGCGUCGCCCGCGGCCAUGGCCGAAGAGGCGUCCGCAGCUGGUCUGAGUAUGGCUGGGAGCGACGGUGCCGAGGAUGGAGGCCGUGCUGGGCACCGGAGCCGCCAUGAUUACAACAACGGACAUACCGUGAAGCGCAAGGAAACGACAUUCGGACAGUACAUUCUGGGACAAACCCUAGGUGAGGGUGAGUUCGGCAAGGUCAAGCUGGGAUGGAAGAGGGAUGGAAGCAUCCAGGUGGCUAUCAAGCUCAUCCGAAGAGAAUCGCUGGGAUCCAACCCCAGCCGGCUCCCGAAGAUCUACCGAGAAAUCUCGAUUCUACGCGACCUAUCUCACCCCAACAUUGUCCGCCUUCAUGAAAUGGUUGAAACCGACCGUCACAUCGGAAUCAUCAUGGAAUAUGCGUCUGGGGGCGAACUGUUCGACUACAUCUUGAACAACCGGUAUCUCAAGGACAAUUCUGCGCGCCGGCUGUUUGCUCAGCUAGUGUCGGGCGUUGGCUAUCUCCACAAAAAGGGCAUUGUGCACCGAGACCUCAAGCUGGAGAACUUGCUGCUCGACCGAAACCGCAACAUCAUCAUCACCGACUUUGGCUUUGCCAAUACCUUCAAUCCAACAGACCCCCUGGAUGAAGAGAUCGAAUACAACCUCACCAACAAGGAAUACGUGAAGCGCAAGCGGCUGGACAAGCCGGGGCCCAAUGGGCUGCGACGAGGGGAUCUGAUGCAAACAAGUUGUGGUAGCCCCUGCUACGCUGCUCCUGAGCUGGUUGUCAGUGAUUCUCUGUAUACCGGCCGGAAAGUGGACGUAUGGAGCUGCGGUGUUAUUUUGUACGCCAUGUUGGCUGGAUAUCUUCCCUUCGACGACGACCCGGCCAAUCCAGACGGUGACAACAUUAAUCUUUUGUACAAAUACAUUGUCACCACGCCCCUCACAUUCCCAGAAUACGUGACUCCACAUGCCCGUGAUCUUCUGCGACGGAUAUUGGUCCCCGACCCACGAAAACGAGCCGAUCUGUUCGAGGUCGCCCGUCACAGCUGGCUGAGCGAGUAUUCGCAUAUUGUGUCCCACAUCACCAGCAGCACAACUAACGUCGCGGACAUUGCCAACACGACAAUACCGGCCGAAGCCCAAGAUGGACCGUCUCUCGGACGAAGCCACUCCGUCCGCGAGCCGCCAAAGACGCACCAGAGUACCGCUCCAGCAGUUGGUGGACUGAACCAUCACGCUGGAGAUGUUUCCCAAGACUCGCCAACCGACAAAUCCAAGAAUACGCGGGACGCCAAACGGAGAACUGUGCAGGUCGAGUACGUUGCUCCUCAGUCGCAGACAGCCAGAGGGGAGCCGCCAUCAGACGCGUCCGGGUCGCGCAGCCGAGGCCCUGUCUCAUCAGAAGCCCCAGCGGUGAUCCAGCAGCCGGCAGAGCCAGCUUUCAAGGGUGGUUAUGCACCAGCAGUCACUUCUGAGAAGCCCCCAUCCGCACACAUUCCUCGUUCGUCCUCCGACAAUGCGACAUUUGGCGGCCAGACUACGGCAAUGCCGCAAAGUACACGACCCACGACCGGUGGCUCCAUGGCCUCUCUCAACACUGGUCGUCUGCCCUCUCGAGGCUCCUACGGACAGCCAGUUGCUCCGACAGUCACAGCCACGAAUACUGAAGGACGGCUGGCACAGCCGAAGAGCAAGCAGUUUGCACUCCCACAGAACCAGGCCCAGUCAUCAAGCACGUCGAUUGGCCGCCCAAGCACCCAACAGCUACCCUCAUCAUUCAAUCCGACUCCCCGGCAGGAGCCGCCGGCCAAGGGCCACAAGAGGUCCAACACCGUUUCCAGCCUUGGCGAAAAGCUCUUUGGCCGCUCGGGUUCAAUCUUGGGUGGUCGUGGUUCUCAGCCGAAUCCCGUUCGCCCCUCAAAACACGACAGGCGUUAUCCUCCUACCAGCAUGAGCAAUGCUCUCCCGAGAGAAAAGUCACGAACAUCCAUGGACUCGCGACGAUCGGUGCAGAAUUCGCACAGCCGCAAGGCAAGCGAAGCUGGCGGAGAAGGCCGUCCCCGUCGGUUCUCCCUUCUCCCGCCGUCCUUCUCCUUCCGAACCUUCUCUUCUGGCCGGGCCCAGACACCCGAUGAAACAUCACAGACGGUUCGCCCCGUGGAGUCUCGUGGCCAACAGCGUCCAUCCACAGGACCGGCCGGCCCUGCUCCCAACCGUGCCCGCGCGACGAGCUAUGGAACGCAAGACGCCAUGGGAAUUGUUAGUGAGGGGCCUGGAGAGGAUGUCUACCAUGACCAAGAACAGCUCAGCUACGAGGCUCAGAUCGACCAACAAUUUGCGGUUCUGGGAUCCCAUUUCCACGACCAGCAGGAACCUUACGGUGGCCACUCUUCCGAGCAUGUCUAUGAGAACAGCGGUGAUCAAUACUCCGGCCAGCACCACAACUACCAGUCCAAGUCGAAUUACUACGACGACUACAGUGGCACCUACGAUAGUUUGCCACGGCAGUCGAUACAGGCAGGUCGGUCUGGGCGUGGACCAGGGGUCUUACAGAAAAACCGCAAAUUUGCCGAUGCUUACGAGUAUGAGCGGGAUCUGUCUCACCACUCUGGCAGCUCUGGCGCAGCGCGCAAAGUCAUGGAUUUCUUCCGCAGACGUGCCAAGUCCAGGGCAGGUGAUGAACGGUAA